UCCAUCAUCUUUCUGGGGAUGGAGGUGAGGCUGAGUAGCCUGUAGCUUCCCAGAUCCGCCUUCUUGCACUUUUGAAAGACUGGAGUGACACUGGCUAUCCUCCAGUCUUCAGGCAUCUCUCUCCUGUUUGCCAGGACCUUCCAAAGAUGACAGAGAGCCAUUUAGCAAUCACCUCUGCCAGUUCCUUCAGCACAUGUGGGUGCAUCCCAUCGGGGCCUGUGGAUUAGCGUGCGUUAAUUUUGGCUAGAUGCUCUCUGGCCCAAUCCUCCUCGACCAAGGGGAAGCCUUCCCUUCCCCAGACUUUCUCUCUUACCUACAGGGUCUGGGGUCUGGGGUUCCUAACGGUUAGUCUUAGCAUUAAAGACUGAAGCAAAGAAGGCAUUCGGAAUCUCUGCCUUCUCAGCAUUCCCUGUUACCCAGGCACCCAGCUCAUUUAGUAGAGGUCCCGCAUUUUCCCUAGGCUUCCUUUUACUGUUGACAUACUUCUAAAAAUCCUUUUCUUCUUAUCCUUUACCUCCUUUUCAAGAUUGAAUUCAGAGAGGGCCCCAGCCUUCCUUGUUCCAUCCCUGCAGGCACUGACAACGUUCCUAUACUCUUUGCCGGUGGACAGGCCCUUCUUCCACCGUUCACGGAUGUUCUUCUUUCCUCUCAGCUUAUCUGUGAGCUCCUUGCUCAUCCCCACAGGCCUCUUGCUACCUUUACCCAAUGACUUACUCUUAGGGAUGCACUGAUCUUAAGCUCCAAUAUAUAGGAGGCAGAGGAGGUUCUGUUAGUACAUGUUUACCCAACGGUGAGAUUAAGACACAACAGGUCAAAUGUUAGCCUGACCGGUUUAUUACAAGUCCCAGCUGCUUAGGGAUAUGGGGAAGGAAAGACGGGCAAUAGAAGAGAGAUAAAAGCAAGGAGUCUCUGUAGAAAGCAAGAGAGACGGUCACCACUGUGGAUCCAGCAUGGUCUGUAGUAUGUCCUCUGAUCUCAGGAUCUCAUCCAGUCACUGCGGGAGAUGGGAGAAAGACAGGAAUCUUUGCAGCAAGCAGGCCCGGGGGGCUCUUCCAAAGAGGUUUCUUCCCCUCAGGGAAUUCCUCCAUCACUGGUUUCUUUUCUUUGCGAGUUCUUCUCCCCAGUCCUUACUUUACGGAGGGCCUUUUAUCCCCAGUUUCUCAGGCUUUUUCCUUUUUCUUCUUGACUCUCUGUUAAUGUAGCACAUCUGGCCCUAUCAGAUGUUCUGCCAUGACUCUACCUCAAUGGCAACAAGCGGAUGGUGGUCUUUUUGUUUGAUCAGAUGCAAUGGAGUCUCCUUACUGUCUCUGACACGUGCCCCUGGAGGACAGCAAAGCGCUCCGGAGAGGUUGUCUGUGCAGCAAAUGGGGGCCGCAGUGCCUCCCGACAUGGAGUCCCCAGUCACUAAGUCAGUGCCAGGCAAUGGCACCCGGCAGCUGCUCCCUGGCAGGGGCUCUCCCUCUCCUGCUGAGGUGAUUCCCUGCUUCGGCAUAGAACAUGUCCACCCCAGAGCCGAGUGCGUCACAAAAGCAUGCUGUGUUCUGGGGCCAGCAAGGUUGCCCAGCGUGCAGUCUGGUCCCCAGCCCAGGGCACGUCAUUCUCUGUGAGGUGACACUCCUCGGUGUGAUGUCACAGUUGUUGCCACCUACACCCCUGUGGCGGCGGUGGGAGCGGUGGCCCAGUCUCUUGUGAGAGGCGCAGGAAGAGGACCCAGAGAGAGCAUUGUGUCUAUCUGGAGAUAUCCUGCUGUGAUGGAGCGGCUGAGAGCCCUUCGAGGUCUCUUUGCCUGUGUGGGCUGCGUGCCCAGACGUACGCGUCACAGGGCCAGAGGCAGGGUGGCAAGCCCUGUCCCCCCCUGUGCCGUGACUUUGCUGCUGCAGCGCCUGCAAGACCAGGAGGGAGACCGAGCGCAGGCGUACUGCGAGCUGGAGCACGUCCUGUGGGAAGGUGACAGCCGCCCGCCGUGCGGAGUGGUGAACCGGCUGCUGGCUGAGGUGUCCCAGGACCUGACAGCAGCCCAGGGCGUGCCGGACAGCGUGAGGACGGCAGCCAGCAAUGUCCUGGUGGCUCUGGCCAGAACACACUUCACCUUGGUGAUGGCCGAGCUCCAGGGCCACCUGAAGGCCGUGGGGGAGAUGUCGAAGGAGUUUGUGCUCGUCACCCUGAGCAAGCUGUUCAGCAGCUACGCUCCACAGUGCAUCUCCUUUGUGUGGCUGAUGCUGGCUGGCCUGCGCAGUGUGGUGGGCUGGGUGAGAGGCGGCCGGACCCUGCGCAUUGCUUGUGCUGUUGUGAAGCAAUGGCUGGAAGGAGUCAAGGUUCACUUGGGCUCUGGAAAGCAAUGCCCCUGGCCUGCCACAGAGAUCGAGCAGAUCUACAAGAAUCUUUCCCAGCUCUUCUGCUCUGUGCUGAGGAACUGGCAGGACUGCCAGGAGGAAGAGGACAAACAGGCCGUCCUCGAGGCUGAGGCUACCAUGAUGGCUGUCCUCCUGCAAGAGGAGCUGCACCGAGAGCACGUUUGGGAGCAGCUCCUCUGGCUCGUGCACCUGUAUCAGAAGGUCCAAGACACCUGCAGGGGGACCAAGAGCCUCAGUAUCUUCCUGGAGGCCUUAGAGGGAGUUCAAUCGGUCAUCCCCAAGGACAAGUUUCUGGCCAUCACCAGUGCUGUGUUCUACCAGCUCUCUGAUGACACCAAGGAGCACAGCGAGGCUGACAGAGCAGAGCUGACCCACUGCAUCCUGCUGCAGGCCCGGAUCUGCCCCGAGGAAACGGUCCUGUUUCUGCAGUCUCAGCUGGGCGCUGACAGGGAGGCUGGAUGCGUGGCAGCCCUGGGUCUGCUCGGUGCUCUGGCUCGCUCUGAUGAGCCCGUGAUGUCAGAGAAGCUGCCCCAGGUUGUGGAGGCUGUACAGUGUCUGUGCAGCGACCCCAGGACCCAGGUGAGGAGGGCCAUUCUGCACUUCAUCGAGGAUGUGCUCAGUGCCAACGCCCGGAGCUGCUCAGCCUGGGAUGUGGUGGGGCACAUCUUCAGUGAGUUCAGCCGCUCCACGGGAAGAAGGGCAGCUGGAGACCUUUCUGCCCAGGAAGCCCGGGAAGAAGGAGCUCUCCAAGAGCUGUGUAUGGACAUCCUGGGGUCACUGGAUCUCUCUGUGAGAGGGAUGACCAAACUCCUGUGGCCACGGCUGCUGCUGUACGUGGUGCCAGCCCAGUACACCGGCAUGCUGAUCCCGGUCUCCCGCUGUGUCCAAGCACUGGCUGAGAGAGGGGACCUGAUGGUGCGGGAGGUGGAAGAACUGGAUGCCCAUUUCCUCAGCUCCAUGUUUCAAGGCCCACUGCUGACUCCCCAGACACUGCUGGCACGCCUGUUGGUGGUGGCAGGGAGCCCUUUUGCAGGCAGCGAACUCCAAGCCGCUGCCUUGCUGCUCAUGCAAAACCUCCACAGCAGGAUCCACAGAGCUGUGGGGGCCAUGUGGGCCGCUGAGAUCCCCCUGCUGCUGCAGUGCCUCCAAGGGAAAGAUGAGAGCUUCCCGGACUCUGCAGAGUGGGAGCAGCGCCUACUAAAGUUCCUGAGGGCAUCACUGGACACCAUGGAGGAUGAGGCCUGGACCAGGGGCCUGAGCUGCGAGCUGAGCCGGUGGCUGAGCAGCUCUCCCAGCGGCUCUGGAGAGAAGUCUUUCCUGUACAAGGCUCUGGGGACAGUGCUGGGAGCUUGUAAGGAAGUCCUCCACGUCCAAGAGAAGCUUCUGCAACACCUGGAGGAAGCAAACGCAGAGGAGCCAUCUGAGGCCCAGGGAAUGAUCUCUUUUCUCAGCCAUGCCGCUGAGAGCAACUUCCACACAGUCCUGGACACACUCACCAUGUUUGCGUCCAGGCUGUGCAAAGGCCAAAAGGGGAGGAUUUCCAGACGCAAGAAGAUGGAGCUGGACAGCAGAAGAGCUCACGCCACACGCAGCGCUCUCAUCCUCGCCCACGGCAGCUUGGCACUGCGUGCCUCCAAGGAACAGCUGCUCGCCCGCCUGGAGGGAGACAUCGUGGGCAACAUCCUGCUGCUCUACAGCUGCAGCUGCCGGGACCUGCAGAACACGCUUGCGCUGGUGCAGAGCAUCACCGACUUCAGCUCUGCCUUCCAAGCUGUGGGUGACUCUGUCUGCUUUAACCCCUCCUUGAAGGGCAAGCUGCUGGAGAUCCUGACGGACUUGCUGAAGAAAUAUUCCUUGGGCACCCCUGUAUCCCCAGUGCCCCUCAAGGUGGUUCUGGCCCUGGAGCAGUUGAGCAAGCUGAAGCCCUCUUUAGGAACCAAGGACAUGUGUGACAUGUUGAGUCUGUGCUGCAAGAAUGUUGUGUUGCACCCUUCAGCAGAGAUGCUGCUCAAGAUCAAGAAGUCACAGCAAGCAGCUCAGUACCUGCAGCUUCUGCAAACAUCAUUGAAAGCUCUGGGCCGGCUCAUGGUGGUCCUGCUCGAGACAGAGACCAGCGGCCUCUUCCAGAACAUAGUCCAUAGAUCAAUGACGUCAGACAACAUGUGGGAGCGCAAGAGGGCCCUGCAGAUCUGCUCCCAGCUGCUGGCUGCUUGUGAAGAGCAUGGAAGAGGAGAUGCCUGCAAGCACUUUGGCUCCUUGGUGGGAUUGCUGGCGCCUCUGACGUGUGACCCCAUGCCCACAUCCCGCCAGCUGGCCGUCACCUGUCUGAGCUCCCUUCUCCGAAUCCAAGCCAAGGCGACCAAUGGAGUCAUCAAGAUGGGUGACAUCGGGAGCCUGUGUGAGGGGCUGAAUGACCGCAGCACCGUCUGUCAGCUCCAGACCUCUUCCAAAAUUGCACGGAUUGUGUACAGGACCUUCCCCCUGGAAGACACCAUCGACUUCAUGAUGGCCAUCAAGGACACCUUCCGGAAGGCCAAAGGAAUGCGUGUGCGUGCUGCUGGGAGGUGGAUGAUCACCUUUCUGCAGAUGUAUGGAAAGGACAUCUGUCGGGACGUGCCACUGACCAACUACAUCCUGCGCAGCUGCACGUCGUCCCCACAGCACAGCACGUUCAUGCCAUUCCUGUCCCAGGCGGUGGUCAUCCUCACGCGCUGUCAGGCAGACGUCACGACUGACAGCUUCUUUCCGGCUGCUUGGAGCCCACAGACAGUGAGACAUGGAGGAGAAUAAGAGCAAUUUGUCUUCAAUGGUGGAGCCAAGA